GAACGAGCUACAUUGUGUCUUUGUAGAUCUAGAGAAAGCCUAUGACAGAGAACCCAGAGAAGAACUGUGGUACUGCAUGGGCGUGGGCGUCGAUGUGUGAGUGAGACGGGACUGCGCAGGCGUCGUCCGGCGGGACUGCGAAGGAGGAAGGAGUGCGCGCCGGUGCGAGUGUGUACAGUGGCAAGUGUUGUGACGGCGACCGGGGAAGUGUAGCGGAGGACCCAUUAACGUUGAAUGUGCAGAGGAGCUAAUACGAUCAAACACGAUCAUUGUCACGGAAGUGACGUAGGCGGUUUGAGUUUGAGCCUGCGCCCGGGAACUUGCAGCGCUUCUGUCUGGAUGAACUCGAAGUGUCGGUUUCCUCUUCGAAGAGCACAACCCAUCGCCCAGGUGUGAGGGAACCGGCCGGCGCGGCGGACCUUUUGGCGAGGGAGCGAAGUCCGCCGAUGUGAAACGCGUCCUCCUUUUGCCGCGCACAGGCAAGGUAAACUUUCUGGUGUUUGGACGCCACUCUGUAUUUGGGAACUUGUCGACAGUCAGCCAGCCAGUUGGGCUUUUCUUGGUCCUCGCAAAAGUCGCAACUUCUUCAACUGCUUUCUUGUCAAAAUGGCUCAAUAUUGGGCGUAUGAUUCCAAACAACCUUUUUGACGCGGUUUCUUCUUGUCUUGCUGUGUUAUCAUGUGUGCCAAUGGGCCUCCACCACCGACGGCUGGGCCUCCACCACCACCGACGGCUGGUCCUCCUCCACCACCGACGGCUGGGCUUCCACCACCACCACCGACGGCUGGGCUUCCACCACCACCACCGACGGCUGGGCCUCCACCACCACCACCGACGGCUGGGCCUCCACCACCACCACCGACGGCUGGGCCUCCUCCACCACCACCGACGGCUGGGCCUCCACCACCACCACCGACGGCUGGGCCUCCACCACCACCACCGAUGGCUGGGCCUCCACCACCACCACCACCGACGGCUGGGCCUCCACCACCACCACCGACGGCUGAUGCGGAAGUCAAGGCCUUCAACCCUGUUCCUCUACCUGCACCUGACCAUGACACCAAGAGACGGACCUGCUCUCAACCCCAGGAGACGUGGAUGAAGACAGAGCCACAGGAUCUGGGGCCGUGACGAGCAGCUCUCUUGGCAGUCUCUGACCGAGGGCAACCCGACGGCCCUCGCUUUCACUCGGCCUUCCCGGGCAAGCGGGCAAGUACGUGUAUUGCUCAACCGACACUCUGUAUAAGGGCAUGGAGAGGUAGAAGACCUGGUUCCCAUUUCAGGCAUCCCCCAUCUAUGGCACAGCAGCAGCGAUGGAUGGACAGUCGUAAAUGACUGUGUGCUUGUGUGCAAUUUGUUUUUGUACAUAGUGUGUGUGUGUCUGUAAUACUGCAAAUUCUGCA